UUUAAAGCCCAUUUAGACAAAAAUAAAUGAAUUUUAAUUUUUCAAAAUCCCUUAAAAUAAAAUUAAUUAUUCUUUGAUUGGACAAUAAAACUAAAACCACACCUUUUGUAUAUUUUGAAAGCGUGGGUCUAUUAGUAAAUUUGGUUAUCAUCCAUCCCCCUUUUCUCUUUGCAAAUCACGAUCUUCUCUCCUCCGACUUUGAAGUUUGAACCGCUCCAUUUUCCUCCAUGAAAUGAAACCCUUGUGUUGGUGCAGUGCUUCUUUCUCAUGAGAUUUAUGGUUUCUGAAGAGAAGAGAAAUUUAUGAACCGCUCCAUUUUGAGUUAGUAGGCAGUAAUUCAAUUGACCGGGUCCUUGUUCUCUUUCUAACUUCUAAGUCCCAUGUUUUCAAAGGUUGCAUGCAGAGACUUUAAAAGUUAUUGCAAACUCUCAAUGCCCCACGACCCACAUGACUUUAAAAGUUAUUGUAAACCCAUUUAGAAACAGGAUUUUUUAAAAACUAACCAAAAGAAGCUUUUGUUAGAACACGAUUGCAUUGCAUUGCAGGCUUUUUUUGCAAUGGGGUCUGCUAUCAGUAAAGGUGCACAUGGCCUUGGAAACGCUAUUGGAAAUGCUUUUACGACUCCAUUCAAGAACAUUUUUGGUGCAUCAUGCGAGGACGUAUGUUCAGGAUCUUGGGACCUUAUUUGUUUCAUUGAGCACCUGUGUGUCUCCAGCCUAGUGAAACUGUUGAUAAUUUUGGUCCUUUGCUACAUCACUUUGUUGUUCUUCUACCUAUUUUUCAAACUGGGUAUCUGCCAAUGCAUAGGAAGAAGCCUUUGUAAGAUGUGUUGUGCAGCUUGUGAAGCGUGCUGCUUUGCUAUAGGAGACAUCACUUGCUAUUUGUGGCACAAGCUAAUAAACACCAAGAGGGUUUACCGUGGAAGAAGAAGAAGACAGCGUUUCCGAGAUGUUGAGCUUGGGUACAGCUCAACUGAUGAAAGUGAUCCUUCAUGGAAUUAUAGACAUGAUCAAGUUGUUAGAGAGACAAAGUCCUUGAGAAAAAGAGGAAGUGACCAUUUGCACCUCUCAAGGAGGCACCAUGGUGGCGUCCAUAACCGCCAUCGCCACCUUGCAAGGAUGAAAGGAAGCUCUAGGAGAUUGGGGAGCUCAAGGAGGAUCCAAGUAGGUAAAACCAGAAACAGGAAUCUGCAAGGAAAGGCUAUGGUUUUCAAGAGGCGGCGAGUUGGAUGAUAAAAUGCUGCCUGCCAUCAUUGACUACCCCUUAUUGGGAAAAGACAGUAACAAAAAGCAGGGGAACCUGCACUGACAAAUCACCUAAGAGGAUCUCACAUCUUCACCUAAAACCUUGACAUUGUGUAUAUUAGUUUGCUCUCUUAUAUUUAUCUACUCCAUAACCUUGAUACUUCUUUAUGUGUUGGAAUUCUCUGAGUCUUGGGAAAAGCUGAAAGUGUUGUAAAAAUUUCUUGUAUUCUCAUUCAGGUAAAAUUUGUUUACUUCUCUAGGAAUGAUACAAGGAAGAAACAAAAUGGAAAAUCUUCAUAAUAGAAAAAAGUGUAUUCUGUACAAAAUUGUCUCAACUAAUCUAUCUCACUCUCUGUUGGCAUGAUUUACAGCUCAUUCAACUGAGAAAUGAGGUUUAGGAACUCAUCCUCCCUGCAUGGAAUUGUGAGACCUCCUGUUGGAUGAUCAUAUUCAAAUUCUUCUUCUGCUUGAUGUAGUAACUCUUGAAAUGAAGAUUGGUUCAAGUAAGAUACUGGAAUCAUGAACCGCUUCAUUUUAUCUCCAACAUAGACUGCAAGAUGGCCUUUUGGGAUCUCAAAUCCCUUGGAAGCUGCUUGAGUCGUAGAAAAUGAUGCCCUUCUAACAAUUCCUGGUAUGCGGAAACCCAUUUUUUAAUUGCUCUACUCAGAAAAUACUAUACUGAUCACAAAAUCCUUGUAUGACGAAAGAAAUAUUUGAAUUCUGAUAAUUCAGGGUGUCAAUGACUUGUGUUGCUUGUGAAGUAGUGUAUAUAUAGUUGCUAAGGGCAUCUAUAAACUAAUUCCUCUAUCUGUGGCUCUUGAAGGGGCAAUAAUGUGGUCUACUGAAGGACAAGGGAUCACAUGCUAUUGUCUUAAAGGUCUCUUUCAAGGAUUAGGAAGUUAAAUGGGAGCGCAUACCCCACCUUCUGAGAUAAUCUCCAACAGAAAACCCAAUAGCAGUCAAUAGCAAUGGACAUGUGAAUCCUAAUGUUUAUUGAUGCAGUUUGCUAUAAUUAAUCUAGUGGUAGACAUGUUUUAGACAUAUCACAUGUUUCUUCAUAUUAACAAUGUUGUUGAUGUACAUCUACCAACUAAUACAACUUGAGCAGGACCUGAUUGAUGGUGUUCCAAAACAGUGUUUGGAGGUAAGCAAGGGAACCAAUAUUGAAUACAUGAUCCCGAGCCACUAUGAACCACAUUUUUUUUACAAAUAAUUCUAAGCAACACCCCGUGAAUUUGCAUUAGUUAUGAUACGUAGACACCAAACAAUGCAAACACUUCAUAUACAUCCUAUUCGAAUACGUAUGCGUUUCAAAGUGUUUAGUAAUACGACGUACAAUCAUUGUUUAAAAUUACAAACCCAUAUUUAUAGUAUUUACAAGACAACUAUUACUCUAAUACUACAUUUGAAAAGAAAGUAAGGCAAAGCUGUCUAAUCUAUGCCAUUCAUUUGGCUUGACUAUGAAGCUUGAAUUGGGCUCUCUUUUUUCUAUGAAGUCUCUAAGAAAGCCUCGAUCUUGCUGACUGCAUCCUCGAGUCCCAUAACUGCUCUAGGCGUGGGUUAGUGAUUCCAAUCCCGUGUAACAACCUCCAGUCAUGGGCGAGUGCUUUCCAACAUGAGAAUGUGUCCUUGACCAAGAAUAAUUCGAGCUUGAACGUGACUUCGAGCAACCUAGGCAUUAUUGCCUUAGUUUGAUUU